UCCGUGACCGGAGCCGCAGGUUUAUAAUCCCACUUUUCAUUCCACAGUUUUUGUUAGAUUGAUUUUCGGGCAAAAAUCGGGAAAGUCCGACGUUGAUUUUCAAGUGAAACGAAAGGCAGCGGUUGAAUGAAUUCACAUUACUGAAACAAACUCGAUAUGUGUACGGUGUUCAUACACAUCUAUCACCGUUAGUGUUGGUGGCUUUGUGACUGUAAGAUACGCUUAAGGUGAUAGUUUAAACACCCAGGCCAUCACAUUUGCCAUUACUUGUGAUACAGACAAAGAAGAAAAAAUCGAGUGUGUGCAUCGACCACAAUGGCAUUUCUUUCGAUACGACUAGUGGCCACAGCUGCAGCGAAAAGUGCCAAUGCAAACCUGGCGAACAAUAUCAGAAAGUGUACCCUGGAUCGGCAGAUUGGUUCCGUCGCACGGUUCAGCUCCGCUGUCUAUCGGCUGCCACAGAAGCACUAUGAACUGCAGCAAAGGCAGCAGCACAGCCAGGCGGCCCUGCUAAACGCUGCUAUCGCUUCAGAUCAGCAUGUCAACAUGGCCACUCCGAGCCGCGAUCUCACGAUACAGGAAAUCUCUCGCAGUCUCCAGCUGUACUCCAAAGAUCGGAAUCCCAUUGAGAAAGAUCCAAAGACACUACGAGUUGGAAACAUCUCGGACAAGCCGACCGUGCUGAUCUUUGCCUGGUUGAACGCCAAGCAGAAACAUCUGGCCAAAUACGCCAAGUUGUACAUCGAGCAGGGCUAUGACGUUGUGGUGACCCAGCUGACCCCCUGGCAGCUACUCUGGCCCAUGAAGGGCAGUCAGCUCGUGGCAGCCGACAUCGUCAAGUUCUUGAAGAACAACGAGUUCAAGAAUGGUCUUCUGUUUCAUGGUUUCUCCGUCGGAGGUUACCUGUGGGGUGAGUGUCUGGUGCACAUUGCGCGAGAUCUGCAAAACUACCAGGUCGUGCUGGAUCGCGUCAAGGGUCAAAUCUGGGACAGUGCAGCCGAUAUUACGGAAAUUCCGGAAGGAGUACCCCGCGCACUGUUUCCUCGUAAUCCUACUUUGCAGAAUGCGCUUCGGAAAUACAUGAUUUACCACAUGAAAGCUUUCCACGAACCAGCCACAUCGCAUUACAUACGAUCGAGCCAGAUGUUCCACACCAACCUGCUGAGAUGUCCAGCACUCUUCCUGUGUUCGAAAACGGAUCCCGUUGGAACGGAAGUCGCGAACGGACGCGUACGAGACAGCUGGGAGAGCAAUGGCGUCAAGUGUACCUUCAAGUGUUGGGACCGUUCGCCUCACGUGGGACAUUUCCAGAAGCAUCCCGAAGAGUAUGUCGAACUAGUUUUUAGUCAUAUCCGGCAGCUGGUUGUGUCCGGUCAAAAGCAGCCGCUGCGGGCGAAGCUGUAAUCGACGCGUUAAUUUGUCCUGUGAUACUUAAGACAAUUUUUUAGGUGGA